AUGGGAAGACUUGUGAGAGGUGCAGUUAAGUUCAACAUCAUAUGCAUCCAUGUCAUUCUGAAUUCCCAACAAAUAAUUCAUUCCCAUUUAAAUGCAUUGUCAAGAAAUAUGAGCUUGGCUAUUGGAGAUGCCAGCUGGCAUGCAAAUGAGCAGCAAGGAAGAGAAUCAAAUGGCGACUCAUUUCAACCAGACAAAAGAAGAAGUUGA